AUGAGCUCUAACAACGAUUUUGACCCAGUGGAGGCUGCAACUGAUGGGAAUGCACGAGGAUUCCCCCUAGGAUACUUUGUUAUUCGAUCUCUCGCAAAUGGAAGAGUGUUAGACGUCGUUGACGAUGGGACUGCGGACGGGACCCAACUUAUUCUGUACAAUGAGAAGGAUUCAACACUCGUAGAGAGUCUACGUAAGCGUGAAUCUGAUAACCAAGUGUUCUUCAUAGACGCAAGCGGAGCGUUGGUUUCGCGACAUUCCGGGCAUGCAGUGGACGUCCAAGAUGGCAAGCUUGUCUUGCGUCACCGCAAACCCAUCAUCCCACCCUUUCCGAACGCGGUUUCACACACCCUUCCAAAGUUCAGUUAUAGCCCUGUGACUGGAAAUAUUACAGUGGAAUUCGACUCAGACCCGGCAUUUCCUCCCCUCCUUCCUCCCAAGGAUGAUCCUCCCAGAGACGACCCUCCUAAGGACGACUUUGAGCUCGUGACAGCAGAUGCAGAUGGAACAUUUACAACCUCCAGUCCCGGUAUAAGGUCCAAUCCGUGGUCGGGAAGCAAAGGUGCACAAGCGUGGCGACAGAAGACGUGGCUAUUAACCGCCAUUCCAUCUCGCAAGCCGCGCACAUUUGUGGACGAUGCAGCCGACUUCUUCACCUCAUCUGCAUCCUAUAUCACCGCGCCUCUUGCGGGGUUGUCUCUUGGCUUUGGGGGCUCGUCGACCGAGCAUGAUGUGAAGCCAGGAGAAGAAGACGCGCAGGCACUUCACGGAAGAGUUAGCUCGGAGCAUGUCCGGGCUAUCAAGCAAUUUGACCUGCAGGACGAUGAAGUCCUGGAGGAGGAGCGACCAGAGGAAGCCGAAGUAGAUGACAAUCCAGACCCCAUGCGCCAUGUCCGAGUCGUUGGAUAUAGAAGACUUGCUGAUUCGUCCAAUACAAAGGCGAGGGACAGACGCCGGUGGGAGAUUCUUGUCAUUCGCAAGGAGAGAAGACGGUUUUAG